AACAUCCCUUCCUUUGCUUCUUUGCUUAUGUGGGACGCGGGAGCACAGCACUCACCACACCGCACCACCCCGCAUCGUCGUUUGUUUGUUAAGUCUUCCAUUCAACACACGACACCACACAACGCAACGCAAUCCCUCUCUCUCUCUCCUCUCACUCGCUGGCAUGGACGUGCCCAAACACCGCGCCACUCGAACGACGUCGUUGAGGGACGCUUCCGAGUCCUCCAAGAUGGAGGGGACUGGUAGUUGGGACGCCCUCGAAUGGACCAAGAUUGAGCCAAUUUCGCGUUUCGUCUCGCAUGCGAAUCUUGAUUUCUUGCUCGAGGCGGAGCAAGUUGUAGCCGAAGGGUAUAUUAAAUGGGACUUGGCUGCUGGUGGCUGGUAGAGAACAAAUGUAGCACCUAUUGAAAGCAAGAUAGAAGACGGCCACAAAGGGCUCAAGUGGACAUGUUGUUGCCUUGGAAGUGUAUGGGACUUAUCGUCCUUGAUUUCCCACUGCCUUUUAGAUGAUAGGGUAACAGGGAUGUGGGGCAAAUGACUAGGAUACUGAAACUUCCUUCAAUGAGAUUAAGGAAAUCUUCUACCAAACAUUUAAGGAUGCUGUAGCUAACGAUGUGCUGCAUCAGGCUGUGCUGCUUAAUUGUCAAUUACUGACGAUUGAGUGUGUCAGUGGACCGGGAGGUGAUAGGUGGGAUUGACAGUGAUGGGUCAAAUGGUGAUAUCACUUUCUACUCCAGCUAAAGGGAUGCCUCAGGACACUUUAGACCUUCCUGCUACAGGGGCCCUUCACACAGUCAUGAAGCCUUGGCGGGGUUCCCUUCCCUAUGGAACCAAACAAGGAGGAGGAUAGUUCCCAGGCAGGGGGACAUGGUGUUGUUCUUGUUAAUACUGAUGAUGCAGGCAUGCUGAUGGUAACAAAUUUUCGUCUUCUUUUUCUGAGCGAGGGAACUAGAAAAGUUAUUGCCCUUGGAACAAUACCAUUAGCAACCAUUGAGAAGUUUAACAAGACAGUUGUAAAGGUUCAGUCAAACACUCGUCAUCUAGACAAGACACCAACGCAAAGACUGCUCCAGGUGAUUGGAAAGGAUAUGAGAAUUAUAGUCUUUGGUUUUAGACCACGUACAAAACAGAGACGUGUGGUAUUUGAUGCACUACAGAGGUGUACAAAGCCAGUGAGAUUAUGGGAUCUUUAUGCUUUUGGGUCAGGACCUUCUAGGUUUAAGAACACUACUCCACUGGUGCGCUUAUUGGAUGAGUAUUUUCGACUGCUUUGCAUAGGUUCUUAUCGUGCAUCAAUCAAUAUGAUUGAAAGUGGGUCCUUCACCUUGUCAAAUGACCUAUGGAGAAUAAGUAGCGUAAAUUCCAAUUAUACAAUGUGCCAGACGUAUCCAUUUGCUUUGGUUGUUCCAAAGGUCAUUAGUGAUGAUGAAGUGCUCCAGGCUUGCAGCUUCCGUGCAAGAUGUCGACUACCUGUAGUUUCGUGGUGUCAUCCUGUUAAUGGAGCUGUUGUUGCUCGAUCUUCCCAACCCUUAGUUGGUCUCAUGAUGAAUAUGAGGAGCAACAUGGAUGAAAAACUUGUUGCUGCACUUUGCAGCAAACUAGAUGAUGGCUCAAGGAGAAAGCUAUAUAUUGCUGAUGCGCGGCCAAGGAAAAAUGCAUUAGCUAAUGGAGCCAUGGGAGGUGGUUCUGAAUCGUCAUCAAACUAUUUUCAAUCUGAGAUAGUUUUUUUGGGGAUAGACAACAUCCAUGCAAUGAGAGAGAGCUUUGCUCGGCUCCGAGAAUACAUGGACACUCAUGGAAAAGCGUCAUCAGAUGGAAUGUCAUCUUUUUUGAGACAUGGUGGGUCAACAUGGGGUGGUGGCAAUUUAAGUAGUAUGUCUGCUUCAGUAUCAACUCUUGGGGACAGUGGAUGGUUACUGCAUGUUCAAAGUGUGUUGGCUGGUGCAGCCUGGAUUGCUGCUCGUGUUGCUAUGGAAAAGGCUUCUGUGCUUGUACACUGCAGUGAUGGAUGGGAUAGGACAAGCCAGUUGGUUUCACUUGCUAAUUUGUUGCUUGAUCCAUAUUACCGGACAUUCACGGGGUUUCAGGCACUCAUCGAAAAAGAUUGGCUUGCAUUUGGUCAUCCAUUUUCUGAUCGUGUGGGAAUGCCAUCUGUCUCUGGAACUACCAACAUGCCUUUUGAGUUAUCUAGGCAGUCUUCAACUGGCAGUUUCCCACCAUCACCUCUGCGGCAGUCAUCAGGAGCAUUCUCAUCUCAACCUCCAGCUACAUCUCACACUCAUAACUCAAACAAUUGCUCUCCCAUUUUUUUGCAGUGGGUAGACUGUGUUUCACAAUUGUUGCGGAUGUAUCCUUUUGCUUUCGAGUUUUCUGGGGCUUUCCUUGUGGACGUCCUAGAUUGCAUGCUUUCUUGUCGUUUUGGAAACUUCCUAUGUAACAGUGAGAAGGAGAGGCAGCAAUGCAAUGUUUUCGAAGCUUGUGGGUGUCUGUGGGUAUACUUGGCUGAUUUGAGGACAUCAGAAGGAGGUUCCCAUGUUCAUUACAAUCCCUUUUAUGAUCCACUGAAGCACAAUAGUGCGCUUCUACCCCCAGCAGCAGCAUUAGCCCCAACUUUAUGGCCCCAAUUCCACCUUCGUUGGGCCUGCCCAGAAGAAGCACAAACUGGGGAGAUUGAAGCACAAUGCAGGAAGAUAGUUAUGAAAUACUCUGAGAUGCAGAAGGCUAAAGAAAUGGCUGAAAGGAAAGCUAAGGAAAUGACAAAUGCCAUGGAAUCGCUAGGUGCUGAAUUACGACGUGAGAAGCAACUAAACAGCUCAGCUACGAACAUGGCCAAGAAUAUAAGCAAAGAAAAUACGGCCAUAAAGCGUGCAAUUCAGUCAAUGGGGUGCAAGGUUCACUUCUCUGGUAGUGGUGAAUGUACUGUUGACAUUGAAAGCAACCCAGACUUACUGUAUUGUUGCUAUAAGAAUGAAUCAAAUAGUACUGUACGCGAUGACAAAAAGGCUAUGUAUGUUUCGGUUCCGGUUACAGUAGAUGAUGAUGGUGGAAACAAUGCCAUUGGCCGAGUAUGUGAAACACUCUGCCCAUUUCGCUCUGCCGAUGGAGGCUGCAGGUGGCCAAAUGGUGGCUGUGCUCAACUAGGUAGCCAGUAUGUUGGUUUGAAGGCAAAUUUUGAUGCAUUCGACCAACUGUCAAUUGAUGACAGUUAUUUCAAGUCUGACUGAACAGGGAAUUUAGUUCCCAAAAGACUCGACAGUGAACAGUCACAACGAAUUUUGGUUUCUUUAUGCGAAGAGAAUAAUUUUUAAUUUUUUUAACACUCCACGCGAUGAAAAAUGGGGUGAAAUGGUGGACCCUGCCAUUUACAUUGGGUCUCCGGAGUUGUACAGACUAUAAGAGUUGGCUGGCUAGAGACCGUCUUGGUGCAGACCCAAUCUUUCAGUACAAUGAUGUUGGGUUGAUGCGUAUCACGUUGUUCACAUUAUUUUAUGCAUCUGUAUAAUUGUAAAUUUGGGGACAAUUAUCGUCGCAGAUUACGUUGUAAUUGUUGAAUAAGGUCAAUUUUGUACAGAUAAAGUUUCUCUUUUAACAUUUCCCGAGGGAACAAUGUAUAGCAAAAGUUAAUUUAUUGCCGUACACCUGCAUUACUUAGU